UAUAGUUCCUUACACCGUACACGAGAAUGCAACAAAGUUUAGACCCUCGAGAUUCACGGGGCUAGCACCCGAGCGAUACAGAAAACGGGGGUAAAUAAUCCUAUAUCUUUUUGCAAAAAUAACGGUGCCAAACAAUAAGAUAACAUUUCUCUUUUCUCUCUCAUAUGGGAUUCGACGUAAAGCAAUUCUCAACAUCACCAGGCGACAAGAUAUAUUUGAUGCUUCAAAUAUAUUAUGCUCCAUCAACAAGUGUGUGAGAUUUCUUUACAAAGUUACAAUGGAGUGUUAAAUCUUUAGUGAUUUCUAGUAUUUUCCGCAGUUAUGUUUUCUUAAGGAGAUUCGGUGUUUCUUCUUUGUGUAAUUGUACAUGUUCAUUACGGCUCCCCCACCCGUGACAUCCGUUAGAAGUCCCGACCCCCCAUCCAUGAAGGAGGAACCCGUAGCCCCGGUCCAAACCAACCCCAUACGGAACUGGAUGCAGCCCACAACCCUGGACCAAGGGGGCAAUGUGGGGUUCGGGAGAGCACAUUUUGAAAAGCAGCCACCGAGUAAUCUACGGAAAAGUAACUUCUUCCAUUUUGUGCUGGCACUGUAUGACCGGCAGGGACAACCCAUUGAAGUGGAGAGGACUGCCUUCAUUGACUUUGUGGAAAAGGAUCAGGAACUAGAAGGCCAAAAAACGAAUAAUGGAAUACAUUACAGGCUCCAGCUAUUGUAUGCUAACGGAGUUCGACAAGAACAGGACCUCUUCGUUCGUCUCAUCGAUUCCGUCACAAAGCAGGCAAUUAUCUAUGAAGGACAGGACAAAAACCCAGAGAUGUGCCGAGUUUUACUCACGCAUGAAGUCAUGUGCAGUCGGUGCUGCGACAAGAAAAGUUGUGGAAAUAGAAACGAAACACCCUCCGAUCCGGUCAUUAUCGACAGGUUUUUCUUAAAGUUCUUCAUGAAGUGCAAUCAAAACUGUCUAAAGAACGCGGGGAACCCGCGAGAUAUGAGAAGAUUUCAGGUGGCUAUUUGUACGACUAUUUCUGUAGACGGAACAUUGCUAGCCGUCUCGGAUAACAUGUUUGUUCAUAAUAAUUCCAAACAUGGACGAAGGGCCAGACGAUUAGACCCAACAGAUGGAGAUGCUUGGUUUUUUGCCGACUCGUACACCUCCAGGGCCUUCGGUCGCUACCCCCGGGACGCUGGGGUCAUCACCACGCCCACGAUCAAGGCCAUUUGUCCCAGUGAGGGAUGGACAUUAGGGGGUACUACCAUUAUCAUCAUUGGAGAUAACUUUUUUGACGGACUUCAGGUGGCGUUUGGUUCCGUGUUCGUUUGGAGUGAGCUGAUUACGUCACAUGCCAUCCGUGUUCAGACACCUGCUCGACAACUUCCAGGUGUGGUAGAGGUCACGUUGUCCUACAAGUCCAAGCAGUUCUGUAAAGGUGCACCUGGGAGGUUUGUUUACACAGCGCUAGCGGAACCAACUAUUGAUUACGGAUUCCAAAGAUUGAUGAAGCUCGUCCCGAGGCAUCCCGGAGACCCUGAAAGGCUUCCGAAGGAGAUCGUCCUGAAGAGAGCGGCCGAUUUAGCCGAGGCUUUAUACAGUAUGCCCAGAAACCCCAAUCAACUAUCCCUCCCACCUCCCAGGUCUCCCGCGAUGACCAAUGGCUCUCCCAUGUCUAGUUUUAAUCCUCCAUAUUCUGGACAGUUAGCAGUCAGUAUCCAGGACACGAAUGGCCAGUGGGAGGAAGGCUACACAAGGGGUCAAGGUUCCAGUUUGUCACCAAGAGGUUACGGUUCUAAUGGAUCCACGCCCCACAGUAACGGAAGCGGAUAUAGUUCGGCAGCCAUGAACGGGUAUCACGCCCCCACCGGUGGUCUUGGAAAUAUGGGUAUGAGCAGCCUUGUGACCUCACCUUUUUCUAGUGUGAAUCCUUUUGCGCUUCCAACGUGUAAUGGACAGACAUAUGGUAGCUCCAUUAUAUCGCCUGCAAAAUGAAUCAAAACAAAAUAAAAUGUCAAAGACGGGAUUUGGUGGUUAGUAAUUAAUUUAUGUACGAUUAUAGCAAGAAAAUUCAGAGUCAUGUCUGGGUUGGAAUUGCCGGACAGAGAAGGGACCCAAAGUGACAGGGACUUGUUGUUCUUGCCACUGCGCCUUAUAUUGUUCACUUGCUCACUUGAUCGUAAAGUGUACACAUCCAUCCUGAUUUUCAAAUGUCAUCAUCCACAGCAGUUCCAGUGUGUAUCAAAACAAAAUGUAUCUUCUUUUUUAGCUGUUCAUAUACGAGAAGCCUUGACAUUUUUGCAACCGCUAGAAUAAUACUCAGUCUUUAUAAGGAUUCUCUAGCUCAAUAUUGUGGUUAUAACUAAGUAUAUAAAUCGUUACCUUUGUUUUACACACAAUGUUACAGUUUUGUUUAAUUUGUUUACAAGUGACUGUGUUGACAGUAGUCUUUAAUAUUCUUUACUAUAUACAUGUAUAUUAUAUAACGUUGAUUCUGCUGCCUUUCGAGGGCUAGAUUUUGUAUUGUAAAGAAAUCACGUUAAAAAAACUAGAAGCUGAUGUAUGUCAUAAGAUUCCUAUUAUACUUGUAGGAUAGAUUAAUUAUCAAUAUUGAGAUUUCAAUUAUAUUGACCAAUUAGCCCCUUCAACUGUGUUUUUUGCUCUUUCUUUCAAUAAUAUUUCCUGAAUGAAAAUAAACGGCUGCAUAAGACAUACUCUGUUACUAGCUUGAACCAUUGUUAUUGAAUAGAGCCCUCUAUGUGUAAUAUUAUACAUAACAAACCCGCCUCUCAUGUAAUAUAAUCUUGCUGUAGAUUAAACUUCUCUCUUUUUCCCCUUCAGCUCAAUAUUUUUCUUCAUACAAGGAAGUCUGAAGUUUAAAAUUGAUAUUUCUGUUAAUCUUCCAUUCAGUAUUUUCUUCUUUUUUUUUAAAAAAAUAAACAUUUUAAUUUAUUGUUAAUUAUUUUUGUCUAGUCAUUACA